GAGAGAGAGAGAGAAGGAGGGGGAUAGCAAGAGAGGCACACAAUGAAGGGCAGAAGAGGAUACAAUCAGAGGUUGUAUAACCUGUGCCGGAAAAGCAGGGAAUCUAUGCCUUGGACAAUGAUCUGCUUUCUCAUUCUUCCCUAGAAAUUCAUGAACUGUCAACAAGCUGUGUUGAGGAGAAGAUAGCAUGCCACGUGGUGCCAAACAUCUGACCGGUUUCAUCAGCUGUUAGCCUGGUCUGCUCUGCAACUGAUCCCUACACACCAAAGGAAACACAACUGUCAAGGACACCCAGCAAAAGACUACAAUGACUUGCAGCUAACUAGAAUUCCAAGAUUAGUUGUAGCAGGAACUCUUUCAGCACAGAUUCUGUGAAUGUAAAUAUUAUCCAGAGUUCUCUUGCAAAAUGGGAAACAUACUUAAAUGCUGUUACCAAGUGUCUCAUUUUAUCUGGGGUCAGGAUGUUCCUGGCCAAACUGAGGAGCGAUCUCCUCUUCUGUCAAGGGAAAACAGUGAUGUUGAAAGCCUUUCUCCGUCUAAGACUUCAGCUGAUGUGCUGGCAUCUCCUGUCCUGGACCAAGACCACCUCCUUUUCCCUGAUAUAGUCCUGAGCAGUAACCUUCGAGCUGUCCUGGACAGAGAAGACUUAACCCAGCCAUUAGAGCUUGUGUUAGCAGAGAGAGGGCGAAAGCAUGGGGGGAAUGAUGGAAUAGAUCAAACUUAUGAAGGUUUUGGAGGUGAAGAUGAUAGAGUGAGAAUGUCAAACACAAGCAUUGGUCAGCAGGAGCUCCAGUAUUUGGACAGGAAUCAGUUAUGUGCCACUGAGAAAGAAUGGCCAUUACUGUCUUCCUUGUACUCAGAGCAGUGGCCUACAGAGCAACCAAAUGCUGUUAAUUCCACUUCUCAAACCCUGAUCUACACACAUGGACAGGGAACCGGAAUUUGGAGUAAUUCCAUCUGUCAAAGUGUGCAGUUACUAGCACAGGGAAACACUAGCCAACAACUCAUUUCUUCAGGGCCACAAUCUGGCCAGUCACCUUUGUUGGAAAAACUUGCAAAGGAUGCUACACAGACUGACUUUGACACGAUUAAAGCAAGAGAGGGUGGAGCUCAUAUUGAGCAGAAAGAACACGGUCCCUCUGAACUAGCAAAGGGUUUUGCUCCAGAACAGAUGGAGCAAAACUUGGUACAAUGGGACAUGAACCUAGCACAACUGGGACAAGAAGCUAUACAGACAGCAGGACAUCUGCUGUUAAAUGUAGGUGAGAGCAAACACAGAGUUGUAUGUUCAGGUAAAAAUGUAGCACAGAUAGAUGAAUGUGUAGUAGCAGUGGAUCUUGAGGGAAGCCAACAAGUGGAACAUUAUUAUAUGACUCAAACAGAACAGGGAGAAGCAUAUCAUAGAGAGAACAUAGCACAGCCAGAUGGUGAUGAAAUAAAAAGUGAGGCAGAUAUUGAAAUGAGUCAAGAUGGAGAACCAGACAUAAAACUUAGAGACCAUGAGCCAUUAUCUGCAAAGAAUCCAAUUAAUUUACUGCAGGCAAAGCAACAUGUUGAAAAGAAUCAACAGGAGACCUCACAGACAGAACAGGUUAAGUUAGAGCAGGAGUCAGAAAGGAACCUUACACAGGUGGUAAAGGCCAUGGACCAGAUGGGCCAAACACUAGCGCACAUAGAACAACAUACUGCUGAGAAUAGGCAGGAGGUUUUACCAAAAGAGCAAGACAGGAUGGAGCUAAGAGCUGUUUUAGAAGAACAACAUAACCAGAGGUCAGAAAGGCAGAACAAAGAUCAGAAUAUGGACCAGACAAGAGGGGUUGUGGUGCAGAUUCAACAGGAGGAAAACACAUUUGGAAGACAGCAGGAUCCUGAGCAGACAGCCAUGGCUAUUGACCAAGGAACAGACAAGGAAGAAACUGAUCGCUUCACCCUGUUUGUGGUUGACAAGCUGUUCCUGGCCACCCCGAAUAUUACAGGACCAAGUGCUGAUAAUGUUUUCAGUGACCAAACAGAGUUGUCAGAGCUGGAUAGGUACAGAGCCAAAGAACACCAGGAUGACCCUGCUGCUCUCGAAGACACCCCUGAAGAUACAGGAUUCACAAUCAAGAUCCAGGCUCCUGGCAGUGAGCCCACCGACUUCCAAGUCUCACCUUUAGCCAUGGUACAGGAAAUCAAGCAAGUGUUGAUGGACCGUGAGGAGACUUGCCACCGUACUUGCUUCUCCCUUCAGUUAGAUGGAAACACACUGGAUAACUUCGCCCACCUGAGGUCAGUUGCUGGUCUACAAGAGGGCUCACUUCUCAAGAUUGUGGAAGACCCAUACACAAUUCGGGAGGUUCGUAUCCAUCUGCGUCACAUCAGAGAUCUGCUGAAGAGUUUGGACCCCACGGAUGCCUAUAAUGGAGUGGAGGGCGGCUCGCUGUCCUUUCUCAGGUUCUUCACUGAAGAACAUACAGAAGAGAGUGGCAAGGUGAAGAAGAAAGGUGAGGAGCUGAAGCACUUCAGCUGCAGCCCUCCUGAGUACAUUCUUCCUGGAACGAAGGAAUGUUUUCUGGCACCAUUGCAGCCUCAAACUGAGAACUUGAAGCCUACUGAGUGCCUGAAGGUUUUGGCGACGAGUAGCUGGAAUCCUCCUCCAGGAAACAGAAAGAUGCAUGGUGAUCUCAUGUACUUGAACGUUGUUACCAUGGAGGACAGACACUGCAGUGUUACAGCAUCAACAAGGGGCUUUUAUCUUAAUCAAUCCACUACUUACAGUUUUAACCCAAAGCCUGCAAGUCCCAGUGUGCUUAGUCAUUCUUUGGUGGAGCUCCUUAGCCAGAUCAGUCCAGUUUUUAAGAAGAACUUCAGUGCUCUACUGAAGAAGAGAACAUCAACACACCCCUUUGAAAGGAUAGCCACUCCUUUCCAGGUGUUCAGCUGGACAGCUCCAGCCCUUGACCAUGCCAUGGACUGUGUCCGAGCUGAGGAUACCAGCUCCUCCCAUCUGGGCUACGAAGACCAUGUGCCUGGACAGAUUCGUGACUGGAAUGAAGAGCUUCAGAGCACCAGAGAGCUUCCACGCAAAACCCUCACUGAUCGUCUGCUGAGAGACAGAGCCAUCUUUAAGGCUAACAGCGACUUUGUGACCACUGCUACACGAGGUGCGAUGGCAGUGAUUGAUGGCAAUGUGAUGCCCAUCAACCCUAGUGAAGAUCCACGCAAUCAGAUGUUCAUCUGGAACAGUAUCUUCUUCAGCCUGGGCUUUGACGUGCGAGAACACUAUCAGGAUCUGGGUGGUGAGGCAGCAGCUCAUGCUGCCUCAACCAUUGAUCUAAAUGGUGUUAGAGCGUACAGCUUGGUGGAUGCAGACGGCCUGUAUCUACUUGGUACUGUGGUGGUGGAUUAUCGAGGUUUCCGUGUCACCGCCCAGUCAAUCGUUCCAGGCAUUCUAGAGCGUGGUCAGGAGCAGAGUGUAGUCUAUGGUUCCAUUGACUUUGGAAAGACUGUCGUCUCUAAUGAAAAGUACCUGAACCUGCUGGACAAACCCAGCAAGCAGCUGAGAGUACAGCGCCACCUAGUGCUCAACAAAGACGACACAGCUGUGGAGUUGUGCUCCUCUGUAGAAUGUAAGGGCAUUGUGGGUAACGAUGGCCGCCACUACAUCCUGGACCUGCUGUUCACAUUUCCGCCUGACCUCAAUUUCCUCCCUUUGGAAGGGGAGGAGCUAAAGCCUGAGUGUCAACAGCUCGGUUUUCCACGGCAACACCCACAUCGCCUAGCCUGUCUGAGGCAAGAGCUGAUUGAGGCUUUUGUAAAGCACAGAUAUCACUUAGUUAUGGAGGCAGUCUCUAAAGACACAGAGCAAGAAGACAACUGCAUCAAAGCUACUGGAUCUCCUCUGGUAAACCACAGCCCAAAUGCAUCUCUAAACCCCUCAAGCCAGUAUAUAGAUGGUACUCUAGACACAGACGUCCAGAACAGUUCUCCCAAGGAGAGUAUUCCUUCUUCCUUCAGGAACUCCUCCUUUGACAUACGCUUCAACCCUAACAUUUUCUCACCAGGUGUGCGUUUUCCAAAGGAAAGUUGUAAUGAUAUUCAAGAACAGAAGCAGCUUUUAAAGGAUGCUGCAGUCUUCCUCAUGUCCAGCCAAAUCCCUGCCUUAAUUAAGAGCUGUCUUGAUCACACCACAAUGCCCAUGGAUGGUGUCACCCUGACUGAGGCUCUGCAUCAACAUGGCAUCAAUGUCCGAUACCUGGGUACAGUGCUGGAGUGUAUUGAGAAGAAUCCUCAGAAAUGCAGACUGGAUCAUGUUUAUAGAAUCGCACUGUGUGAGCUGAUCACCAGAUGCACAAAACAUCUAUUCAGGACAUACUUGCUAGCUGUGGAGCCAUCUGCCCUGUCUGCCUCAGUCAGCCAUUUCCUCAACUGCUUCCUCAGCUCCUCACCUGAUUUGCCAGGGACACAGCAGAUGGACAGACUGGCGUCCAGACGCAGGAGCCGGCGGAGGCGGAGCCGGGGCUCAGUGGGUGGGGCAGUGACGGCCUGGGCCAGCCUGACCACCAGUGAGCUCUGGAGGACCAUCCAGGCUGAAGCUCUGGAAUACUACCAUUACUGUUUGCCAUGUGAAAGUGUAGAGCAGGCAGUGGAUAAAUGCGGCCUGCAAAGGAUUACCCUGCUCAGAGAGAUUUCCAUCAAAACUGGCAUCCAGAUCCUUAUCAGAGAGUACCACUUUGAUGCUAAGCACAAGCCAGUCUUCACUGAGGAGGAUGUCCUCAACAUUUUCCCCAUAGUAAAGCACAUCAGCCCCAGGGCCAGUGAUGGCCUCUAUUUGCUACACUGUGGUCAGGCCAAGGUCCAGCAAGGUUGUCUGAAAGAAGGCUGUGAGCUGAUUAGCCAGUCUUUGGGCCUGUUCACUAACGUGUAUGGGGCUCUACACCGCGAUGUCUGCACCUGUCUCCGUCUGCUGGGGCGCAUUUACUACAUCCUGGGGGACUACUCUGAGGCGCUGAGUCACCAACAGAGGGCUGUACUGAUCAGUGAGAGAGUGCUGGGGAUUGAGCAUCCUAACACCAUACAGGAAUAUAAACACCUUGGUCUUUACUGUUUUGCUGGUGGGCAGGCGGCCACUGCGCUGCGGCUACUAUACCGCGCCCGCUACCUCAUGCUGCUGGUGUGCGGAGAGGACCACCCAGAAAUGGCCUUACUGGACAGUAAGAUUGGUCUCAUGCUGCAUGGUGUGAUGGAGUGUGACCUCGCCCUGAGGUUUCUGGAGAGCGCCCUGGCCUUGACCUCCAAAUAUCAGGGGCCCACUUCCCUUAAAGUGGCACAAAGUCAUCACCUGCUGGCAAAGGUGUAUGAGAGCAAAGGAGAGUUCCGCUCAGCGCUGAGGCACGAGAAGGAACGCUACAUGAUUUACAGGAACGAGGUUGGAGAAGCACAUGAGAAGACCCGAGAAAGCUCAGAGUACCUGAAACACCUCACGAAUCAAGCUGUGAUUCUACAGAGGACCAUGAACAUGAUCUACAAAAACAGUUCUGGGGCCAGUAUUACGCCUCUCAAACUGACUGCCCCGAGCCGGCUGUGGGUUGUGGAGCAGCUAAAUCUCGUGACUGGCAUUGUCCUGAUCCCACUCAGCAACAAGGACCUAGAGACCCUCAGAGCAAACUCUCAGAAAACAGCUGCUUAAAUGCAAACAGAAAGGUUGGUUCAGGCGAAAAAUUAAAGGAGCACCUCCUAAUGUCUUUGAUGAUGGAUGUGCAGCAGUGAAGAUCUGCGGAGAUUUGUAGUCUGUCAAUGAUGAGCACAAAGAAUGAUGUUAGGAAUAAGAUGACCAUAUUUGGUUUAUAAAGGAAUAAAUGAGGAAGUAAAGGAGAAUAAUCUGCACCACUGGCCACAGCAUGUUUAUGAUCUGAGUUCAAACCUGUAGACAUGCUGCAAAUGCUUUUUUGCAUGUUUGGUCUUCAUCAAAGUACCUCAAAGCUGCAUUAUUGCAAGAUUUGUGGAUUUGGAGAUCUCUGGUGGAAAUGUGUAGUUUAUUUGUUCGUUGGUUGUGCUUCGGUCACCUUCCCCGAGAGUAUGAAUACGUUAAGGCGUAUUCAAAGGGAACUCAGACAAAACUUGGUGAAGGAUGUGUCUCCCAAGGAUGUACCUUAAUUAUCUACUACGGUCAUCAUAUCUUCAUCAGUAUAAUGUUAAUUUUGCAUUUGAGAUCUAAACAUCAAACCAGACCUUUUUUUGUGCCUGUGCAUGU